ACAUUUUCAAAUUAGCCCCACCUUUAUCUUCAACUCCACCUCUAUUUCCUCUCUUCUUUCCUAAAUCUCCUAUUUCCUAACACCUCCGCCGAUACCUUCAUCAAAUCUUGCAGCCCAAACACCCCUUCUCUGAUUGUUCACCGUUACAAGGUCUCCCAUUCCCCUUCUCCUCCCCCGCGGUCCUCCUCUGCUCAAAUCCCCUCUUGUUUUCCAUGGAAAUACGGCAAAUUCGAGCUGAGAUUGGUGUUGUUUCCAGAGUUAAUGAAAAUUCUUUUCGUGCUCUUAAUAAUCACCAUGAAGGAAGAAGGGCCAAUCGUGGAGAAGGGAGUUGGAGACGAGCGACCCCGUAGUUCAGAUGAAGUCCUUGCCAAGUGCAAUCAUGCGAGAGGAGAGGCAACGGCCGUGCUGGGACCAUCGUUAAAAUUGAAGAAGGCGAUUAUGCCGAGAGAACAAAUCACGGUAGUGGAGUCGUGCGAUACGCUUUUUGCAUCGACUUCGAGAGUUUCGGAGAACGUGAUGAGGUUUUUGGAAGGGGAUGGCGGUUGCGGAAGCAUGAGCCGUGGUGAUGAGGCAGGGCCUUCAAUGACAGCGUUCAAUUUAACAAUAAUAUCAUCUCCGGGAGGUUUGUGUAGCAACAAGAAGCCGUUUCGAAGGGCAACAGUAGAGGAUUGGAAGCCAAAAGGGUGGGCAACAGAGUAUUGGGAGUGUUAGAUGUAGAAGAGGGUAGAGUUUCAUAGGUGGUAGGGAUAUUUGGAUGGUAAUUGUUGUGAAAGUUUGGGAUUUGGAAAGAAGUGGUGGUGAAGUUGAGGUUGAAGAUAAAAGGUAGGGAUAAUUUGAGAAUUUCAAUAAAAAGUCAACAAAAAAAUAGAAUUUAGAUACUUUUGGCAUUCAGAACCCAUCUUUGAUAGGUACAACGUCAGUUUCCUUUUUUUAUGAGUACUUUUGUCAACGUUCGUAAAAUUCAUAAAUACAAAUAGUUGUUUUUCCUAAAA